AUCAUGCUCCAGGCUGCAGCUAUAAGCUUAUCAUAAUAAGCAACAGUUCCUAGCAUGAAUCAUACCCCGCACUAGCCCUCCCACAGAAGUUACUAACACCAUCGAUCUAUCUACUCACGUCAACCAAAGCUUAAGCGUAAGUAUACACACACAAACACCCAUCAAUAGACUAUAUACUAACUAGCUACCCAGCCAAGGCAAAAUGCCCUGCACAACCUGCCCAACAACCCACCCCUGCUCCCGCUGCACCGGGACAGGAACCACCUCCGAGCCAUGCCCCUCCUGCUUCGGCAAACGUGGAUUCUUCGAGAUGGAGGGCGGCGGCGACAAGGCACGCGGGGAGUUCCAUGCGCCGUGUAUCACGAUGCAGUGUCGUAGUUGCGAUGGCGAGGGGAUUGCGUUUGAGCGGUGUAGAGAAUGUGUUGGGGUGGGGUAUUUGAGAGUUUAUUGUAGGGGGUGUGAGGAGGGGUUUCGGAGGUAUCAAUAUCGAGAUCAGGAUCGGGGAAGGAAUAGGGAUCGGGGUGGGGUAGGGAGGAGAGGGAGGUGGAUGAGAAGGGGAUGAAGAUGGGAGAGGCUGAUGGAAAGGGUGUAUUUAAUGAGAAAAGGGGUUAAGAACGUGUGGUAUAAGGCGUCUAGUGAGCUGAUUGAAUUUGUCUGAGGUUAGGUACCCCUGUUGUACUCAAGACGAACUAAUACCUCUGGCCUAGAAGCAUGGGCCU